UAUUUUGAGGUUCAGACCGGGACGUGACAACCAUGACGACAACCAUGACAGUGAUGCAGCCUUUGAUGUCAAACAACAUGUGGAGCACACAGCUCUUUGACUGCUUCGACGACAUGGAGAUAUGCUGCUGUGGUCUUUGGUGCUACCCUUGCUUGUUCUGCAGGACUCUCAAGGACUUAAAUGAAAACUGUUGUAUAUUGUGUUGUGAUGCCGGAGUUCCGUCCCCUGUCCACCUGGCCCUGCGCUACGGAGUCAGAAAGCAGUACGGGAUACAGGGUUCUCUCUGUGGUGAUUGUUGCACUGCGUUCUGGUGCCGUGAGUGUUCCAUGUGCCAGGUUGCCCGUGAAAUCAAGUAUCGCAAAAUGCAGCAACAGCCAACUACUACUGUGAUCAAUAUCCAACCUGCUCAGGUUCAGGCUCCUGGAUAUCCAGCUGCUCCGAGCCAUUAUUGAUUUUAUCAGCAAUCUUCUGUUAUUUAGUGCUUAAAGGUGUACUGUCUAAUAUGCAGAGAUGUUAUAACCUUACUGUCACCAAAAUGGUAAUGGCUAUGUCUUAAUCUGUUAUGGCUCUCGGUAUACUGUCAUAGCAAUGUUGUUAUGAUGUAGUUGACUAAUGAUACACUAUGAGAUCAGAUCUUAAAGUGUUGACAGAACUGCAAAUCUUGCUAUCAACUACCUGUUUAAUUCAUUCAUGAAUGUCUGCAUUGUGCUGUUAAUAUACUUCUGCUCAUACAGAAGGUCUGAUUUGUUUUUGUUUUUUUAACCCCUUAGCGCAGAGCCUAUACUUACUGUCACCAAA